AUGGCCAAUGCAGCCUACACGUCGCCUUUCCCAACCUCCCACGACACGAUAGGGCAGUCGACCCUAGCGACUCCUCUCUUCAUGCGCUCUUCUCCUCCGCAACACCCCGAGAGCCCGCCAGACUCGCCGCUCCCGGAAGAUAGUCCCAUCUACCCCGACGAACCAGCAGAUCGCGAAUUUGCGAGCGAAGACGAGGACGACCGUGGACAAGACUUCCCAAACGAUCGCCACAACGAAGGGCCGCCGAGCCCAUCCCCGUCGGACCUGGAUGCCCGCCUCGCCAAUUACACCCUAGACUUCAGCCAAUUUCCGAGCGGCCAAUUUUCCGAUGCCAGAGACGGCGCACCACUGCCAGAGCUGAAGGACGACGAGGAAGAUAAACUGUCUGACGUGGGGGGCCCCGAAGACUUCACGGCCAACAUAGAGAAAUACUUGAUGGGCGAGGGUAUGUCUAGUAUUAAAAAGACGCGCAAAAUCGAAAGGCGCGAGGUGUCUGGAUCGGCCCUGCAGCACAGCUCUGUGCGGUCGAAGCAGCCUGCCGUCGAAGAAGAUGGCGAUUCAGCGGAUUACAGCGAAUUUGGUCCUCCGGUCGACAUGUCGACUCCCUCGCACGUUCUGAAUCGGACAAGCGGACUGGCGCGAGACUCGAACCUGGAAGAUAUCGAAGAGGACCCUGCCGAUGGCCUACCCAGCCCAGCAUCGCCAUCCAAUCGAAGUUUGUCAAUGGAAGCGGAAGAUGAAGACCGCCAGGAUGCUCAAGAGGAAGAAAUGCAGCGUUUGCUUCAUCGCAUUGAAUAUCUGGAAGAGGAUGUACGGGAUCGCGAUGAUCAACUCGAAAGGAAUCGCAAGCGUGUCCUUGAGGCUGCCUCAGCAGGCGAACAAAUCAAGCACCUCCAGAUGGAGAUUCAACGCAAGAAUGACUACGUGGAGGAGCUCGAGGCUCGGGAGAACGGAGAGGAAAUCCUCCGAGAGCAGCUCGAGUCGUUGCAGAAGCAAAGCGAGGAACGCCAGAAGCUCCUAGAUCAGUCGCAGACCAAGGCGGAGAGUGUGAAUGCUCUUGAACAACAAGUUCGUGACUUGCAACACCAGCUCCAAAACCGGGGCUUGCAGGAUUCUCUGGAGGCGGAGAGAUUGGAGACAAUCGCCCAUUUGCGCGAGCAACUCAACCUGAGCCAGGAUCAACUGAAACAGCGCGAUCAAAGCCUCGCCGAAGCACUGGAGAAACUGAGAGAGGCUACACGGGCGAAUGAGAUACAGCUUAGCGAAAAGAACACCGAAAUCGACGGCCUCAAAGCAGAGAUGAGCGAACAGGCCCUAAAGAACGAGCGCCUGGACUGGGAACUGGAUCGAGUCAACACUGAGUACCAAGCUCUUGAGGAUCGCCUUACUGCUAUGGAAACACAGAACCAGCCCCUCGAGGAUCUCGAGGAAAAGAACCUGUCUCUCGAAGCAGACCUCAGCCGUGUCCAAUCUCAGGUUGAGGCACAAGAGAACGCCCUGAAGGCAGUUGCCGCCGAUCUCCCUGGCGGCAGCAACGCUGGUGGUCACACCACCUACAGCGAAAUUCUCGACUUGAUCAAGGACCUGGGCCACUCGAACGUCGACCUUGGCCCUGAAUCACCUGCGAAGGAUCAUUUCCCGUACGAGAAUGAUCUUAUUGAUGUGAAGAAUGAAAUCAGCAGACUUCAGCAAGAAGCUCAAGAUGCCACUGCUGCCCAAAAGGCCGCAGACGCCGAAGUCAGCCGCCUUCGUGAACAAGCUGCCGAGUCUCAGUCAUUCUUCAAGACCAUCGAAACAGAGAAUUCUCGACUUUCCAAGCGAGUCGAGGAACUGAGCGCAACUCUCAACAAGACACAGCAUGAACUGAAUCGCACCCAAGAGGAGCACGCGGAGUCUCUUGAAAUUGUUGCUCGGCUGCAAGAAGAGUCACUCGGCCAACCACCUAGCCCUCCUCCAUCACCACCAAUGACCCGUGGUGCUCAAGACGAACAAGGAUAUGUCGAUACUGCCGCUCUGGAAGAGUCGCAUCAAGCCCAGAUCCGGAGCAUUCAAACUGCUCACUCAACUGCCGUGUCGACACUUCGCUCCUCCCACGCUGAAUCGAUGCGCAAGAUCCGCAACCUUCUCGAGGCCGCCGAAAGACGAGAGUCCGACCUUCGCACUGAACUCACGAAUAUGCGCAGCGAAGUAAAGACGCGAGAAUCCAAAUUGCGCAAGUCGUUCAAGACGGAGAUGAAGCGUCUUGAAGCCGUCAUUUCUGCGAAGGAUGAGAUCAUCGCUGCUAAGGAUGAAACAGCCGCCGAGCUCGAUAAGCGCAUUGCCUUGUCCGUUGACAAGAGAGAGCAGGAAUGGGAGCGACGAGUGGAUCUGCUGCUGAAGGACCGUGACCGCAUGGCCAAGGCUCUUAUGCAGACUUGGGGUGAACAGGAAAUGGGUCCUGGGCCUGGUCCUUUGGCUGGUGAGACUGGUGAGUCUACCGGCGCCCGACAAGGCCAGGCGUAUCGGUACAAGAACGCAAAGAAAGACAAAUCUAAGAAUAGCGAGCGGAAGACUUAA